AUGUCUGUGUUGGCUGGCAGCACGGCCGAUGUGCCUUUGGUUCCAGUUCACAUUUUUCCAUCAUCGAAAGGGCGUGAAAUCCCAACCUGCAACGUGAAUUAUGAUUAUUAUGCCCUCUUUUGGUCUUUUCUUGCCGGUGCAUUGACGGGUGGUAUUGAGGCCAUCGUCACGUAUCCGAUAGAGUAUGUCAAGACGCAUCUUCAGCUUCAACAGCUCUCUCAUUUGCAUUUCUCUUCGUCUUCGUCUCCGUCAGCGCAUGUGUACAGUGGCAUGUGGGACUGUGUGAAGAGAACUGUACAGCAACACAGUCCAUUGGGUUUAUAUCGCGGCUUUGUACCGGUAUUAUUGGGCUCCAUGCCAAAACAGGCUUCCCGUUGGGCCGCAUACGAGUGGGCCACGGAGACCGCCAAAAGAAUAACCAGCCGUGAUGGCAGUGUGCAUAACGAGGUGAUACUUAGUCUACCUGUCCUGAGUGUCUGCGGCUUCUUUGCGGGGUUUGUAGAGACGCUGUGUGCCGUAGGCCCAACAGAAAGCGUGAAGACACAACUUAUUCAUGAUUCCAAGCAACCGUUCCCGCGAUACCACUCGCUUGGUACCGUUGGUGCCGUGCGGUUGAUGCUGCGGGAGAAGGGCUUUCGGCGCACGUUUUACAGUGGCGUGAGCGCGACAAUGGUGAAACAAGGGCUCAACCAAUCCCUGCGAUUCCCGGUGCAAAAGUUUGUCAUGGAUGCGUUCUGUAGUGAUGCCGUUAUCGGUCUAUGGCAUGACAGAAAAGGUGUGAGAGGCGAAGCGGAGAAGGAGUGGAUGAGGCGGCUGCGGGAGGAACGAAGAAAAAAUCCCUUUUGGAAUGGAAUUGCCGGUUUCUUUGCGGGUGUGCUUUCGGUUCUAAUUACACAACCCGUGGAUGUCAUCAAGACACAGCUGCAGUCCGGCACGUUACAUGACACCGUCAUUUACAACAACAGAAAGAACACGAGCAACAGGAGUAGAAAAGUGACAUGGAUGAUGUCGAAUGAAUGUGGGUCACCGCAUAGGAUGGGCUGCAUGAGUUAUUUUCGCAGCAUUUAUCAUCAGCGUGGGGUUGCUGGUUUCUACGCGGGUGUUAUUGCACGGAGUGUGCAUGUGGGUACACACGUGGCACUUACCUUUACCAUAUUUCCUGUCAUUCGACGCAUGGCUGACGGUAACGCCGGCAAUAAGAAAUGA